GGAGUGGGGCUCAGCGUAGCGGGGAGAACUGGAUCAUCUACAACUCGCAGGCUAGGUCUCCACCGGAGAACAGAUUUGCUGCAGAAGUGACCAUUUGUGCUGGAAAGUUUUAUAAGAAUUACAGAACUUAAAGCCGAAUCCUAUGGGAAAGUUGGGCUGCAAGUUCUUUCCUGGGAUUGGGGAAGACACUAUUCCAAGUUAAGGGUUGAUGAUGAUUAUUUUGCUGUACGUUACAAGCGUUGCACUCUAUGUCAGUGGGCAGCCAGCAAACAAAAAACUUAAGGGAGAACAGCAGAAUAUACGGUAUGUCUGCAGCAUCCCUGGAUUGCCAGGGCCCCCAGGAGCUCCUGGGACAAAUGGAUUAGUUGGACCACAUGGACGAAUUGGUCUUCCUGGGAGAGAUGGGAGAGAUGGCAGAAACGGUGAAGCGGGUGAAAAGGGCUCAACAGGUGUACGAGGAAAAACAGGUCCACUUGGACCCAUUGGUGAAAAAGGAGAUCAAGGAGAAGCUGGCAAGAGAGGACCAAUUGGACCACUUGGAGACAAGGGUGAAUUUGGACCUGAUGGACCAUUAGGACCUAAAGGUGAUAAAGGGACAAGAGGGGGUCCAGGAGAACCAGGAGUGUGCAAGUGUGGUGAUGUAGUUCUCAAAUCUGCUUUCUCAGUUGGGAUCACCACUAGUUUUCCUCAAGAAAGACUUCCAAUUCUAUUCAACAAAAUUCUCUUUGACGAAGGAGAACACUACGACCCAUCCACUGGGAAGUUUAUUUGUGCUGUUCCUGGAAUUUAUUAUUUUUCCUAUGACAUCACUCUUGCAGACAAGCACCUGGCCAUCAGCCUGGUACAUAAUGGAGAAUACAAAAUAAAGACUUUUGAUGCCAACACGGGAAAUCAUGAUGUUGCCUCAGGUUCAACACUACUUUACCUAAAGCCAGAAGAUGAAGUGUGGCUGGAGAUAUUCUACACAGAUCAAAAUGGUCUGUUCUCAGAUCCCAGUUGGGCAGACAGUUUGUUUUCUGGGUUUCUAUUAUAUGCAGAUACUGAUUAUAUGAAUGCUCUGACUGAUGAUGAUUUUUGAUACAUGGCUCCACUUCUCUUGGAAAGGGUUCCUCAUAUGUUCUAACAAUGUCUUGACAUAUCAGGGCUUUUUAGGUCAUACACUUGUCUUCAAUGGUUAACUGGAACCUUGUGGCAACCUUUGGCAUCUUGAAUAGCUCUUUCCAAUACUAUUUCACUAAUGGAUAAAGUAAUCCAAUAUCGGUUGAGAAAAAUAAGAAACUACCAACCUGGGCAUUUUGAGACUUAUACUAAAAUAUAUUGAGAUCUCUUGUAGACCAUUUUAUUACUUGCUAACAAAUAAAGACAAUUUAUUAUUACUA